AUGGCGGAGGCGGCCGGGCCCUUCCACCGACUGCAGGCCGGGUCGUUGAGGGGCCGGGAGCGGGACUGGGGCCGGGGCCGCGCGGAGGCUGAGGGGCCCCGGCGCAGCCUGAGCCGCUCUCUCUGCAGCGUGACCGAUGCGCUGGAGGUGUGGACGGGGGAGCUCAGCGCCCGCCCGUCGCUGGGCUGCCGGUGCCAGCCGGAGGAGCACGGCGCGAAGCUCAGGGAGGCGUUGGGGCGCGGCGCGGCCUCGCUGAGCCCGGGGGAGAGACCGGGCACGCUGCGGCUGCGGGGGGGCGCGGCGUGCUCAGCCCUGGAGCUCUGCCCGCUGCCCGCCGCUGAGGCGAGGAGCCAGCUGCGGGCGCUGCUGUUCGGCAUGGCGGGGCAUAUCGAGAGCCUGGAGAGACGCCUCAGCGCAGUGGUGGAGACACUGGCAUCUUCCUGCAGCCCUGAAAAGAGCACAACUCAGAGCCAGCAGCAGUUCCUGCCAGACCCCAAGCCUGGGAAGAACAGGGGUGCUGGCUCCACUUUGCCAGCCAGGAGGAAGAUCCCAGGGGAGUCUCUCAUUAAUCCUGGCUUCAAAAGCAAGAAGGCACCAUCUGGAGUAGACUUUGAGGACUCUUGACCUGUGCUGACCCACCAGAGCCUGGCCAACUGCGGCUCUAGCAGGUGGAGAUUUCACUUGCACCUGGGGCCUGCUGAGCCCCUUGAGCCUGGGGAGGCGGAUGGGACAAGCAGGACCCAGAGGGCUGGCUUUUUUCCCUGCAAGUCUUCCCUGCUGGCAGGGGCCACCUCCCCACGUCACUUGCCAUGAAUUGGUGGGGUUUUUAAAGAAUUUUUGUAUUGCCAUGUAACUAAAAGGUUGCCUGUGCUUAACUUAUUGCCAGUAAAGAUGGGUUUAGCCAGCGAGUCUUUGGGGACCGGGACGACA